CCGAGGAUGAGGAUGAUGAAGGGACCAGAGGGGAGGUGACAGCGCGCCGGGCCUUGGGGACAGCGGAGGGACGAGCGCAGCAGGAGGAGGAGGAGGAGGAGGAGGAGGAGGAAGGGGACAGGCGGGGACAGGCCGGAGGGAAGCCUCCGGACCCCCCCUCUCCCCCCUGCAAGAGCCGCCCCCUCCCCAAACUCCGCGCCCCCGGCCCCGUGCGCCGCCUCUCGCUGAAGAUGAAACUCCCGGAGCUGCGGCGGAGGCUGAGCCUGAGGAGGGGUCUCCACAGCCCGGUGGGCCCCGCGGAGCCCCCCGAGACCCCCGAACCCCGCAACGUCCUGAGCCGCUACCACCUGGACAGCAGCGUGGCCUGGCCGCCGAGCAGCGCAGCGACCGCGGCGCGCUCCGCCCGCUCCGGCCACCGCAGCGACGGCGACUCCCCGGAGCUCCGCGCCGGCCCCGGGCGGCGACCGGGCGGUCCCGGGGGUCCCGGGGGUCCCGGAGGUCCCGGCGGUCCAGGCGGUCCCGGCGGUCCUGGGGGUCCCGGCGAUCCCGAGGGUUUGGAUUUGGGGUCGUUCCGCCCUUACGGAGACCCCCCCUCGGAGUGUCCGGCGGUGUCCGGCCUGCUCGGGGUGCAGCUGCGGGGGCUGCGGCCGGCGUGGCCGGAGCGGGUCCGCUGCGUGCUGCAGGUGGACGGGGAGAGCCGCGCCCGCACGGCGCUGCUGCCCGCGGCCGCCGCCUUCGUGCGCCUCGAGCACCGCUUCAGGCUGGAGCUGGAGCGGGCGCGGCGGCUCCGCGUGGCCGUGAUGGGCCGGGACGGGAGCGCCGGGCGGGACCGGCUGCUGGGGCACGGAGCCGUGGGGCUGGCCGAGCUGCUCCGGGGUGGCCGCACUCAGGCCCUGGCGCUGCAGCUCCACCCCCGGGGUGUCCUGUACUCGCAGCUGACCCUGCUGCAGCCUCCGGCCACUCCGGCCGCUCCGGCCACUCCGUCCGCUGUGUCCCCUGUGUCCCCUGUGUCCCCAGUGUCCCCAGUGUCCCCUCCGGCCGCCCCCCGGGUGUUCGGGGUGCCGCUGGGGGCGCUGCUGGCGCGGGAGGGGCGCCCCGGGCGGGCCCCGCUGAUCGUCAGCAGGAGCCUGCGGGAGAUCGAGCGGCGCGGGCUGGCCGUGGUGGGGCUGUACCGGCUCUGCGGCUCGGCCGCGGCCAAGAAGGAGCUGAGGGACGCCUUCGAGAGGGACAGCGCGGGGGUGACGCUGUCCGAGCAGCUCUGGCCGGACAUCAACGUGGUCACAGGGGUGCUGAAGGAUUUCCUGCGGGAGCUGCCCACCCCUAUAGGAUCCCCAAUCCCUGAUUCCCAAUCCCAUAUUGUUCCAGGGGUGCUGAAGGAUUUCCUGCGGGAGCUGCCCACCCCUGUAGGAUCCCCCUGA